AAAGUGCGUCUCUCAGAGAAUAAGUGACCAAAUUUUCAUCAACUUCUUGUUACUUUUACCUAGGCGCUCUAACUACUUUAAGUUUCAUUUUGCUUGAUUUUAUUCCAUUGUGCUCCAAGCUUGUUAGUUACGAUGAGCAAUCAAACUAAAAGAUUUGGUGACAAACCCGUUAGUGAAAUAGAUCAACAAAUUAAGAAAAAUAUUCCAGUCAACACAAAAAAAUCUCGCGACUCUGUGUGGAAUCAGUUUUCUAAGUUUUUGGACGAAAAGAAUUAUAAACUGGAUAGGACAACGUCCUUAUUUGAAAUUAAUAAUAUUUUAAAAAGUUGGGCCGCUAAUAUGAAGAAACAGGAUGGGUCUAGUUACAAAGAAGGUGUAUUAAAGCAGAUGUGGAAUGUAACGGCAAAAAUGGUGCAAGAAAUGUUCUUCAAUAAAUGGAAUAUUCAGUUCAACCCAUUUACUGACCUCGUAUUUAAAACGGCUAGGGAUACCAGGGAUGUAAUGCGAAAAACCCUUCAGGCGUUGCCAGAGAAAAGGAAAAGGAGCGCGGCGUCUCUUACUGAAAAAGAAUGUUCUACUCUAACUACAAAAUUUAACGAAGAGACCCCUGAUGGUUUACAAAAGAAAUUCUUUAUGGUAGCGUCGUACGAACUUGCUUGGCGUGGUGGAGAAGGAGCUCGCUGUUUGACGCAUUUUUUCAAUGAAGAACUUGAUAACACCGGAACUCCAACAGGAAGGAUUGAGUACAAUCCUAUUUUUUCAAAAACUGCGCAAGGCGGAGCAAAACCACUUACCGAGAGUAAAUGGUUAAUUCCGAAUACGACGCAAUCUGCUGUAUGCCCUGUGCGAUUGUACCAUUUACUUGUGAAAAAACGAGGUGACAAUAUUACAACGGACAGAUUUUUUUUGACACCAAAUCCAUACUGGACAAAUACCGAAUGCAGCAAUUGGUACAAAAACUCUCCUGUCGGUAUUAACGAAAUUACUAAAUGGGUGAAACAUGCUGCUGAAGAGACCGGUUUAGAUAUAAAGAGGAGGAAAAUAACGAACCAUUCCUUACGAUCAUCAGCAGUGUCCAAUUUAGCAAAAUCAGGCGUAGGAGAAAAUCAAUUAUUAAAAAUAACUGGCCACAGCAGUGUUAGUUCGAUAAAAUCCUAUCUUCAACUUGAUAGCAAUCACCAUACAUCAAUUGUGGAGAAGAUGAGGGAAAACCGAGACGUUGCCCACAACAAUGAAACAAACAGAAUUGUUGUACAUGAUAGCAAUUCUUCAAUUUCUUCUUCAGGAGCCUUAGUGCAAAACUGCAAGACUGUUAAUUUUUCUAAUUUGACAAUGGGCGAAGAGAAGGAGAAACGGGUAUGUUUUUCUGCCGAUGAAAAGGUGUGUUUGAAAGAACUUGUUGUGAAGUACCAGAGCAUCAUAGAAUGCAAGAAAACAGAUUGCAUUAGCUUGUCACACAAGAAGAAGACGUGGGUGCGGCUGACUGCAGAAUACAAUGCAAUUUCAGGAAACAGUCAUAGGACUAUUGAGCAAUUAAAAAAAUGCUGGGAAAACAUGAAGGGUCGUCGCAGAAAAGAGAUUACUAAGGAAAAACAGUUGCGGUUGAAAACCGGUGGAGGAACAUACAAGCCUCCUGAGAGUAGCGACGGGGACCUCGUCGACGAUAUUCUCGAUACUGUAGAUAUUGAAAUUAAAGAUACCAUCGACAGCGACACCAUAAUUUCACCGGAGGGUGUAACUGGAUCUAGGGUAUACACUGUCGAUGAGAACAAUAUUUUACACCUCUUGGUAACUGCGCAAGCGCCUAGCACCAGCGGUUCACUUGUUGUCUCCAACACUGCUACCCCCAAUAAAAGACAGUCAACAUAUGUUUCCAGGGGUAGAUGCAUAGAACGGGAAUUGGAGGUUCGAUUGCGUCGCAACCAACAGUUGGAGGCGCAAGAUCAGGAGAUCCACCUGCUGCGGUUAGAAGAGCAAAGGUUGCGUUUGGAGGAGCAGCGGGUCAAGGUCGAAGUAGCAAAAGAGCAACUGAAACAGGAGAAGCUCCGCACAGCUAAAAUGGAAGAAUGUAUUUUUUAA